AUGACAAUAUAUCAAUUUUUGCUACUAUUUCUACUCUGGGUAUGCCUGCCACAUUUCUGUUCUCCAGAGAUAAUGUUCAGAAGGACUCCUGUGCCUCAGAAAAGAAUUUUAGGUGCACGUGUACCGAGGAGUGAUGGCAAAAUACUUCAUCGUCAAAAGCGUGGUUGGAUGUGGAAUCAAUUUUUCUUACUGGAGGAAUAUACAGGAUCUGAUUACCAAUAUGUUGGCAAGCUUCAUUCAGACCAAGAUAAAGGAGAUGGAUCCCUCAAAUAUAUUUUAUCUGGAGAUGGAGCUGGUACUCUUUUUAUUAUUGAUGAAAAAACAGGUGACAUUCAUGCCACAAGAAGAAUUGAUAGGGAAGAAAAGGCCUUUUAUACUCUACGUGCACAAGCUAUUAACAGAAGAACUUUGAGGCCAGUAGAACCAGAGUCUGAGUUUGUGAUCAAAAUCCAUGAUAUCAAUGACAAUGAGCCAACAUUCCCAGAGGAAAUUUAUACAGCGAGUGUUCCUGAAAUGUCGGUUGUAGGUACUUCUGUGGUGCAAGUCACAGCUACAGAUGCCGAUGACCCAUCCUAUGGAAACAGCGCCAGAGUCAUUUACAGCAUACUUCAAGGGCAGCCAUAUUUCUCUGUGGAGCCUGAAACAGGUAUCAUAAGGACUGCUUUACCAAACAUGAACAGAGAAAAUAGGGAGCAAUAUCAGGUGGUAAUCCAGGCCAAAGACAUGGGCGGCCAGAUGGGAGGCUUAUCAGGGACCACCACGGUCAACAUCACGCUAACAGACGUCAAUGACAAUCCCCCGCGUUUUCCCCAGAACACCAUCCAUCUUCGAGUUCUUGAAUCCUCCCCAGUUGGCACAGCCAUUGGAAGUGUAAAAGCAACUGAUGCUGACACUGGGAAAAAUGCUGAAGUAGAAUACCGAAUUAUUGAUGGUGAUGGGACUGAUAUGUUUGACAUUACAACUGAGAAGGACACACAGGAGGGCAUCAUUACUGUGAAAAAGCCACUUGACUAUGAGAGCCGAAGGCUUUACACUCUGAAGGUUGAAGCAGAAAAUACCCAUGUGGAUCCACGUUUUUAUUACCUAGGACCUUUUAAAGAUACAACAAUUGUGAAAAUCUCGAUUGAAGAUGUGGAUGAACCCCCUGUUUUCAGCCGAUCCUCCUAUCUGUUUGAGGUUCAUGAAGAUAUUGAAGUGGGUACAAUCAUUGGUACUGUAAUGGCAAGAGACCCAGAUUCUACUUCUAGCCCCGUUAGAUUUUCCUUGGAUCGCCAUACUGACCUUGACAGGAUCUUUAACAUACAUUCUGGAAAUGGAUCCCUUUAUACAUCAAAGCCACUUGACCGUGAACUAUCUCAGUGGCACAAUCUUACUGUUAUAGCUGCUGAAAUCAACAAUCCCAAAGAGAUGACUCGAGUGGCUGUUUUCGUGAGAAUUUUGGAUGUUAAUGACAAUGCUCCACAAUUCGCUGUGUUCUAUGACACCUUUGUCUGUGAAAAUGCCAGACCAGGACAACUAAUACAGACUAUAAGUGCAGUAGACAAAGAUGAUCCUUUAGGUGGACAGAAAUUUUUCUUCAGUUUAGCUGCUGUCAAUCCAAACUUCACAGUACAAGACAAUGAAGAUAAUACUGCCAGAAUUUUAACCAGAAAAAAUGGAUUCAAUAGACAUGAAAUAAGCACUUAUCUCUUGCCCGUGGUGAUUUCGGACAACGAUUACCCGAUUCAGAGCAGCACGGGCACACUCACCAUCCGCGUGUGCGCCUGCGAUAGCCAAGGCAACAUGCAGUCCUGCAGCGCCGAGGCCCUGCUCCUGCCUGCUGGGCUCAGCACAGGUGCUUUGAUCGCCAUUCUCCUCUGCAUCAUCAUUCUGCUGGUUAUAGUAGUACUGUUUGCAGCUCUGAAAAGACAGCGGAAAAAAGAGCCUCUGAUCUUGUCUAAAGAAGACAUCAGAGACAACAUCGUGAGCUAUAAUGAUGAAGGUGGCGGAGAGGAGGACACUCAGGCCUUUGAUAUCGGCACCUUGAGGAAUCCGGCCGCUAUUGAGGAAAAAAAGUUGCGGCGAGAUAUUAUUCCAGAAACCUUAUUUAUCCCCCGGAGGACUCCGACGGCCCCGGAUAACGCGGACGUCCGGGAUUUCAUCAAUGAGAGGCUCAAGGAGCACGACCUGGAUCCCACGGCGCCUCCCUACGACUCGCUCGCUACCUACGCCUACGAAGGGAACGACUCCAUCGCCGAGUCUCUGAGUUCCUUGGAAUCAGGUACCACUGAUGGAGACCAAAACUACGAUUACCUCCGAGAGUGGGGCCCUCGGUUUAACAAGCUGGCGGAGAUGUACGGCGGCGGGGAAAGCGACAAAGACGCUUAA